CGCCCGCCUCGCUCCUAUUCCCCAUGACCCCGUCUGGGCCGGCCACCCACCCUUGCCGUUCCCACCGCCUUCCUCGCCGGGCUCCCCGCCUCUCCUCCCACACAUAUAAGACGGCGGCUCCCGCCCCGUCGGCAGCUCACCCGUCGACUUGCCUGGGAAACCGCUGGAUCCCUGCCUCGAAGAUGCUGCACUUCGUUGCCGGAACACGGGCGCUGCUGCGAAGCGCCCUGCUGCUGAGUGUCCUGCUGUGGCGUCUGGCUGCCGCCGGCAAUCCAGAGCUACCAACAGCAGUUAAUAUAACUUGGUCUUCAAUCAAUUUUAAAACUAUACUGCAGUGGCAACCCAAACCAUCAGGUUACUUCUACACGGUAGAAAUACACGGGCAGACAUCUAACACCAGGAAAAAGUGCAUACAGACAACAGAAACAGAGUGUGAUGUUACUGAUGCAGUCAGGAAUGUAAAGGAGACCUAUACAGCACACAUACUGUCUGUAACGUCCUUUGAGAUGGACAACUUUGAAGAACCACCUUUUGCAGUCUCUGAAAAAUUUACACCGUAUAAUCAGACUGUUGUUGGAAAACCAGAGAUACAGAAUUACAAGCAGAAAGGUUCCAAACUGAAUGUUGUGUUCCAAGACCCACUGACACCAUACACAUUUCCUAAUGGAAGCUUCCUAAGUGUUCGGGAUAUUUUCCAACAUGACCUGGAAUACAGACUCUAUUACUGGAAAGAUCAAAGUUCUGGCAAGAAAGAUGAUACUUCAAGAAGCCAUACAUUUGAAGUGAGCGUCGACAGCACAAAUAACUAUUGCUUCUACAUCCAGGGCAUCAUUCCCUCCCGCAGAGAGAACCGGAAUGGUCAGGAAAGUCUGGUUCUUUGUACCAGUGUGGGAAGGAAUAUCCUGGAUGAAUACAGAUCAGAAGUCUUCAUCAUCAUAGCAGUGGUAGCAAUUGCGGUCAUCACUCUCGCUAUCGUCCUGCCGGUGAUCCUGUGUAAACGCAAGAAAGCAAAAGCUACAAGAGAAAAGGAACCCCUUAAUACUGCCUGAGGAAAACUUAAUUGUGGCUGUAAGAGGAUCUUGCUGAUCUUACAGUAGCCUAAUCCUGCUCCUGCCCUCUUCCUAAGAGCCUUCUAUUCUCCUUUGUGGAACUGGAUUCUGAACUAGAUGGACCUUUGACUUGACAAGGUACAGAUGUUCUGCAAGUAUGGCCUUCCUGAGCCAGAUGAUUAUGGUACUUGUGAGGGGACAAAACCACUACUUUGAAAAGAUGUGUCCUUUGCCUAGCUGAAAGGAUCAUCUUUCUGUUUCUGUGAAACAGAUCUGACUUGCUUUUAACAUUAUUAGUUGUUGGAAUGAGAUGUUAGCCAAUAUGUGACAGAGAGGCUGCUGUUUUGUCUUGGAUAAAAUUAACUUGGGCUAUUUCUAUUUGGAUAAAGAUAAUGAAAGGUAAAUGAACUGAAACUACUAUACUGGUGACAUAGAAGGAAUACUCUUGAAGUAGGUAGCUGCUAUCCAUCUGGAAAGCAUAUCCAGAUUACACUACACCUAAAGCUAUAACUGAACUAAGUAGUCUGAUGGUUCCAAGUAAGUGUAAGAACAAAUACUUGGCAGGUUCUGAGUCAGUAGCAACUCACUUCAUGCAAGCACUGAGUAGGUAGCAGUAUUUACUGCAUUUUAAUUAAAUGCUGGGCAAAUGAAUAGUUUAUCUUGGUGAUGGGAUUUGGAGGUACCUAUUGCUUUGACUAUUUUAAUAUUUAUUUUAGAAAUGCAAAUUAAUUUUUAUACCGGUGAGACCUGUAUUUAUGAUGGUAAUUUAUACUUUUCUAAUGAAAUAAAGGUGACUGGGAAAAGAA